UGUAUCUUCGAACAACAUGACUUUGUUCUUUCUCUUCUUACUUUACAUAUUGCAUGCAGCUGAAUGCCUUCCUCUCAACUCCCCAUUGCUGGACUCGUACGACUACAUCGGUCAGCCACAAUCAUCCCAUCACAGUCAAAUACCAUUCUUUGCGGGACAAGGUGUCGGUAGCUCUCUGGAUUGGAACCUGAUGACCGCACCUCAGACUUAUUUGGACGGAAGAAGUCGUGCACUGCCUCAAGGCAGAGUUCUCGGUGGUGGUACCGUCCUCAACGCCAUGCUAGGUGGCAUUGGCGACUAUGAUGAUUGGGUGUCUCUCGGCAAUCCUGGAUGGAGUUUCUGGGACCUGCUCCCGUAUUUCUGCAAGAGUGACGCUGCCAACGCGGUCGGCAUCAACCAGAAUCCACUCGUCCACGGCAACAAUGGGCCUGUCAACGUCAGCUUCUCGAGCCACAUCUACAAUGAGACGGUCAAUUUCUUCUCGGCGCUGAACGAGCUCCGCAUGCCAGUAUCCUACGAUCCCAACGACGGCGCAACCGCUGGUGCAUCCUUCCUGCCAUUGUCACUCAAUCCGGCAAACCAAACAAGGUGUGAUGCUCGCUCAGCAUACCUCGAGCCGUACGUCACAAGGCUUAACCUUUGGAUCUCGACCAACCAACACGUAACCCGCAUCUUGUUCGACGGAGGAUCUGGUAACCCAAACACAACGACACCUAUUCCUGGCGAUGAUAGUGUGGGACAGGGCAGCUCGUUCUCCAGACCUGACGGCUUGUUCUCCAACAUUACUCAGAAUGCUAUCACCUCAAAACGCCGAAGAGCAUGGCCCAUCCGUUUUAUUUUCGAGGCUGUUAGUCUUCAUUUCUUUCCGCAAAAACGAGAGUCGACCAAUACACCUGCGACGUCUGUCGGAGGUCUACUGCGAGCCAACGGAGUCGAGUUUGCUUCAGCAGCGUCCGCUUCGAGAAAGAACAUCACAGCCAUCGGAGAGAUUAUCGUAGCUGCGGGGGCAAUACACACGCCCCAACUCCUAAAGCUUUCUGGACUUGGUCCCUCGAGCGAGCUACGGCCACUCCAGAUCCCCGUUUUGAUGGACCUUCCUGGUGUCGGCAUGAACCUCCAGGAUCACGCCCUGAAAUCCACGUCUUUGACGAGUGUACAGAUUGCAACCAACUACACACUGAUGAGCCAAUUUGGUGCCAUGUACCAAGCAAACAGAACUGGACCCUGGACAGCUGGACCCCCAGAUGGAAACGCAUUCCCCGCCCUCUCGAUUUUGACCAACAGAUCCUUCUCGAUCGUCACCAGAGCCCAGACGCAGAAAGCCAUGGAUUACCUUCCAGCAGACAUCCAUCCGAAUGUACUCGCAGGCUUCGAUGCUCAGCGCCAGCUGUUAAUCAAAGCAUUGCAAGACCCCAAAAGGGCGGCGUAUGAGUUGCUGAACUUCAACUAUGGUGCUUUCUCAAAUGUGAACAUGAGACCAUUCUCUCGUGGCACUGUCAAGGUAAGCAACAUGUUCUGGUUCGGUGCCUUGAAGAAUGUUGCUCACCAUUCGUGCAGCNUCAACUCGUCACGUCCCUUCGAUCCUCCGUUGGUCAAUCCCCGGUAUGGCUCGAACCCAGUGGAUCUUGACAUAUUACUGGCCUCGAUUGUGUACAACCGUCAAGUGCUCGCCACGACAUCGAUGAAACUGCUACAGCCACUACAACUUAAUCCUGGCCCAAAUGCAACUGAUCAGCAGAUUUUGGACUUCAUCAAGGCCAACCUACAGACAGAGUUUCAUCCAAGUGGCACUUGUGCUAUGUUACCUCUUGAUUCGGGUGGAGUCGUGGAUCCACAGUUGCUUGUGUAUGGCACCCAGAACCUGAGGCUAGUCGAUGCGUCAAUCAUGCCUGUCAUCCCCGCCAGCCAUCUCCAAGCUGUGGUAUAUGGGAUAGCCGAGAAGGUCAGAACCGUAAAAGUACCUUCUGCCACGCACACACUGACAGUAGAGCAGGCUGCAGACAUUAUCAAGAACGCAACUUCGGCACUACCACCUAGAGGACAGCCGCCGACAUCCCCAUCCGUGCAGAAUACGAAUCAGGUUGCUGCGCCUAUAGCGCAACCGGCGACCGUGUCCCUGAUACCUGAUGAAACCACCUUCAUCGUCAUCGUCAACGUGCUCUUCCUCAACCUCCGUAGCAUCGCCUUCACUAGUGUUGCAGUCGACUCGCUCACAGCUGUCCUCUUCGGUGUUGUUGCGCUCAUCGACGUCGUCUUCAUUGCGAUUACCAACACAUUCGGCAGCCGUGGCUCGCCCACAUCCAUUGACGUCGUCUUGUCCACCUGUACCCGGUUCAACUACGACGGCUCCACCGACUCUGGCUCUUACGUACGCCCCGAUGUCAUCUUCGACGUCAACGUCAAGCACAAGAUCGGUUCAGUCUUCCUUUUCAACAUCCUCUUCGGCGUUGUUAACUUCCGUACGCUCCUGCAGCUCCUCUACGAAGCGCUCCUCAAGUUCUUCUUCAAGGCGCUCCUCAAGCUCGUCUUCUGGACGCUCAUCAUCGCGGAGUCAAUCAACCAUGUCGGUCUUCACAAGUCAGUC